GUCGUCUUGUUUAACCGAUAACAGUGUUCGGAACAGAGGUGUCUCGGCCGUGAAUUGCGCGCUCGUAUGUUCGCCGAGUGAAAAAGCGCAUAUUAGUGUACAUCUGUGGUGAUUCGUAUCGACCGUCGAUCGUCUCUAGUCGUUCGCACUACUCGGUCAGCCUUGUUGGUCGUAUAACCAACGUCGAUGCAAUGUAUUGGUCGUGAACGGCUACUCAACCCUGUUGGUGGUCAUAUAGCCAACGUCAUGGCAAUGCUUCGAUCAUGAACAACUAGUUGUGGUCCACCUAUUCUCUUGCUCAACUGACGACCGAUAUAUCGACAAUGUCAAACACUGCAACGAAUCUGGUCGUGUCGUGGCUCUUGACCUCUAUCACCAUAACAUCCAUCACUGCCUUGUAUCCCGUCAUCUUAAUUCCUGGAGAUGGAGGUAGUCGUAUUGAUGCUAAAUUGAACAAGACGUCUGUUGUACAUUAUCUAUGUGAUAAAAAAACAAAUGAUUAUGAGAACAUUUGGUUGAAUCUGGAACUAUUAGUGCCAUAUGUAAUAGAAUGUUUGAUAGAUAAUAUGAGAUUGGUAUAUAAUAAUGUUACCCAUACCACACAAAGUCCUCCAGGUGUAGAUAUUAGAAUACCUGGAUGGGGAAAUUCUUCAGCAGUUGAGUACAUUGAUCCUAGUUUAUCAAUGUUUGGUGCUUACUUCAAGAAUGUUGGUGAUACAUUAGUAAGCGCUGGUCUGGAACGAGAUGUUUCUAUUCGAGGAGCUCCCUAUGAUUUCCGAAGAGCACCCAAUGAAAAUCAAGAAUUCUUUGACAAACUAAAAUUAUUAACUGAAGAAACAUAUACACAAAAUAACAACACACCAGUUGUGUUUAUUGUACACAGUAUGGGAGGUUGUAUGACACUUAAAUUUCUGCGAGCCCAAACACAAAAAUGGAAAGAUCAAUAUGUUAGAGCUAUGGUUUCAUUAGCUGGCGCUUGGGGUGGAGCUGUAAAAGCAUUAAAAGUUUUUGCUGUAGGUGACGAUUUAGGAGUUUAUGUACUUAGUGGCAGUGUUCUAAAAGCUGAACAAAUUACAUCUCCAAGUCUAGCAUGGCUAUUACCAUCUCCAUAUUUCUGGAAGCCCGAUGAAGUAUUAGUUCAAACAGAAACACAAAACUUUACAGUGGCAAAUUAUAAAUCUUUCUUCGAAGGUAUAAACUACAUGACUGGCUAUGAUAUGUAUCUAGAUGUUAAACAGUUUAUGGAUUUUGGACCACCUGGAGUAGAAGUCCAUUGUUUACAUGGUGAUUUAAUUCCAACAGUAGAAAAAAUGAUAUUUGGACCGGGAAAAUUUCCAUUAAAAUAUCCAAAACUUCAAUAUGGUAAUGGAGAUGGCACGGUCAACAUCAGAAGUCUCUUAGGCUGCAUGCACUGGACAAACAUGCAAAAGCAAAAAGUAUUUCAUCAAGUAUUUCCAAAUGCAGACCACAUGGCAAUUUUAAGAGAUGAACGAGUACUGGAUUAUAUUGCCCAGCUCAUGGAAAAACUUUAGUUUGCCAGUUAUUUUAAAUUUAAGUCAUUACUUUUAGUUUCUAUUAUAUUUUAUAAUUAAAGUAGUUUUUGUGUUCAAUUGUAUAGAAUAUAGAUAUUUAAUGUAGGUAAUUGGUAAUAAUAUAACCAAAUUUAUUAUGUUUGUUUAAUGAAUUAAAAUUGACACACAAACAAAACUUCCUAUUAGUAUUUAUUUUUGUUUUCAUUAAAACAUCUUAACUUAAUUUUUUGUCAGUGGAAUAAUUUAAAAUA